AUUUGUUUCUCCUACAAAAAAGCGUAACAGUAAAAAAAUAGACUUCCUGUUAUAAACUAGAACAAAAAAAAUCAAUAUAAUAAUGUGGUAUACAUUUAAAAUGGUAAUAUUGUGUAGCCAUCGUAGCAUGACAAAGCAUUCUGGGUAUUGUCAAAAUCUAAGAUGGCGGAUCGGUUGUUGUUGAACGCCUGUAAAGGAAAACCGAAGUCUCUGAGCCUCUGUAACAAGAAUCUGACAUCUGUCCCGCAUAUAAUAGGAACCAUUACAUCUCUGAAGUCGGUAGAUCUGAAAAAUAACAAGCUAGUGGAUCUACCGAGGGAAUUCGCGGCAUUAAACCAGCUAGAAGGGCUUAAUCUAGGGAACAACAGACUUCAGGAGCUACCAGAAGUGCUGUGCUUUCUGGAGAGUCUUCAAAAACUGCACUUGUUUAAAAAUUUAUUGCAAGAUUUGAAUCCAAUAGUAUUAUCUGGUCUUCAAAAAUUGACAUUUCUAAAUCUUAAUGGUAACAGACUGGUCUCAUUACCUGGGGAAAUUAACAGACUUGUCUCACUGCAGUUCCUAAGUCUUGAUGGUAACCAGUUAAAAUCUCUGCCUACUGAAAUAUGUCAUCUAAUCAACCUAACAGAAUUCCAUGCUGCUGAUAAUCAGAUCACUAGUCUACCAGAAGACAUUGCCUUCUUAAGAAAUUUGUCGAAACUAUUUGUACAGAAAAAUUAUAUUGAGGAGUUACCUGAGGGGCUAGCAAAAUGUACAAGAUUGUCAACACUAGAUAUAUCUGCAAACAGAUUAAGAAUAUUUCCUGCCGAGCUCUCUCAUCUUCCACUGAAAGAACUUUACUGUGAAGAGAAUAAUCUUCUGCGGCACAUCCCCGUCCAUUCUCAACAAGAGGACGAAGUUCUCUCCCUUAAGGAACUGACAGCCAGAUGUGUUCUCAAGGGUCUAAAAGAUGGGAGAUCAUAUAUUAGACGUACGAUCAGACAUUACCCCAAGAUUCAAGAAAUGCUUCAAUAUGCCAGUGAAUGUGCUGUGUGUGGGGAGUCCUUUCUGAACACAUGGCUGGAGUGUGUGCACUUUGUGGAUGCUAGAAAGACUCUAAAGACGAAGACAAAUACUCGUAUCAUACCUGUUCGUGGACUUCUCUGCUCAUACAAGUGUUUCAACUCAGAAGGGCAUGACUACUUUGGAAUAGCACAAGUUGGAGACACAUAAUCAUCGUAUACCCCAUUGGUUUCAUUGAUACAAUGGGUACUAAGCUUUUGCACAGGCAAUAGUUACGCCAAGGGAAAGCUAAUACUGUACUUCUUAAAGGCACAACAUACCUGAUGGUAGUCAGAGACAAGGAAUAGCCAACAUGAUAAAAAAGACAGAAUGUUUGGUUUGAGAAAAAAAAUGGUUAAAAAUGUCUUGACCAUGGAACCCAGUCUGAUAUGCCACUGCUAUAUGGCCCUUGUUGAUCCUUAGCCAGGCCUCAUCCCAGAUUCAGAAAAACCCAUUCUUGAUUACAUAAUCAGAAGAGACAACACAGUGAAAAACUGUAUUUAACCCAUUGACUCCU